UAGGUUUUUUUUUUUCUCCUAUCUACCCUCCUCCACACUUGACUGUCGUCGCUUUCUCCGCUGUGGUAAAAAAGAAGAAAAACAAACGAAAUGUGGGUGAAAAUGGCGUAGAAAUUUAAACUUAACCAUCAACAAUGACGCUGCGCCUGUGAAGAGGCCAAAGGGUUGUUAUCAGUAUAGUGUUACGCAAACGUUGUUACUCAAAAAAAAGUAGAUCAGUUCUGAUCAAACCGUUGUGCCAAUCGGAAUGUGCGUAUAAAGUGAGAUUGCGAAAAUCUAGCCGAAAAAAGUCGUUUAGAGCGAAUCGUCCGGGUGCUGUCGGGAAGACAUACCUAGUGUUGUUGGUAAACGUGAAGAAUUGUUCUAGGCCGGUGAUUUGUUGAGCCGUUGUUGUUGAGUUGAGUGCUUCGUGGUGAAACGUGUGUUUUUGUGGGUGGCUUGGAAAAUAAAUAGGCAACUUUUUGCGAGUCUGUUAGUUAAAGGAUCCCAAGUUUGCAUGUAGGUGUAAAUGGAAUUGUGGGCGCAAUGGUGGGGGCAUCAUUCGUUAGGGAGAUGUGCUUUUUCUAAUCUCUGGAAGUGAUUGAUGAAAUGAUUCGAUAUGUGGACCUACAUGAUGGCAGCGGCCCGAGGUGACCGGGCAAUGUCAUCCAUCUCUCAGCGUCAUCAGAGCAGUCGAAAUGAUUUCGAUUCACCAAGCAUCUAUCACUUUAAUCGCGUGCAGCGUCCACUGUACAAUACCACACAUCGCGCACCGGCCCUCUGCAAUGGGCCCUCCACGAUCAGUACGACUCCGUUCGGGAGCAACACCAUCUACCAGAACUUCAACCCAUCGACGGUGGGCAGUUUCAGCAGUGUGGCAACCACCCCUAGCCUCUCGACGACGACCACUCCGGCCCCGGCUGGCGCCGGGCAGCAACACGGUUCCGGCAGCGGCGGCGGGACAGCUCCAACAUCGACCUCAACACCGACUAAACAAUUGGCAUUCACGACGCGGAACCGCAUCGAGGUAGCCUCCGAGCAAGGUUCGAUGCCCAACAGCAACAACAGCAAGAACAACCACCUGAGCCAGGCUGUGAUAGAGUGCGAGCGGAACGACUUUCUGGAAUCCUCAGGAGGACGAAGCUCGCUACAACGGUGGCUGAAUGCGUUCCGACAUAGACUCAGUAAAAGGGGCCGGUCGAAGCCGCCUGAUCAGUUCUUGGACAAGUUCUCCACGACGACCGCCUCCGAAACGCGGUUGCAGCAGACCCAGGUUGCUCAGGCUCUUCCCUCGGAUGGGACCUGCAGCCGGCUGUCGGUCGAUCCGUCCCUGCCCUCGCAUUACCGGUGGCUGUCGGUGGUAUCGCUGGCUGUACUGUACAAUAUAGUGUUUGUGAUAGGACGUGCCGUGUUCUGGGAAAUCAACCGCCAGGCGCCGGCACUCUGGUGGACCUUAGACUAUCUAUGUGAUUUUAUAUACUUAGCCGACACGUUAGUGCAUUGUCAUGAGGGGUACCUGGAGCAGGGUCUGCUGGUACGUGACGCGUCCAAACUGCGGAGACACUACUUCUCCAAGCAGCGCUGGUGGCUGGACGUGGUAUCGAUGCUGCCCACCGAUCUGGCCUACAUCUGGUGGGCGCCGAGUUCCUGUGCAGCGACCCGGCUUCCCUGUCCAAUCAUAGUUAGAAUUAAUAGGUUACUGCGUCUUCCAAGAAUGUGGGAAUGGUUCGACCGGACCGAAACGGCCACCGGUUACCCAAACGCGUUUAGGAUAUGUAAGGUCGUUUUAGCUAUCUUAGUACUAAUUCAUUGGAAUGCGUGUCUUUACUUUGCAAUAAGCUACGCACUGGGUUUCAGCACCGACAACUGGGUGUACAACAUCAACGGAGCGAAAAAUCUAACCCUGUCCCGGCAGUACAUCUACAGCUUCUACUGGUCCACGCUGACGUUGACCACCAUCGGCGAGACACCCACGCCCGAAAACGACGCCGAGUAUCUGUUUGUGGUGGCAGACUUCCUCGCCGGGGUGCUAAUCUUCGCCACCAUUGUCGGUAACAUCGGUUCAAUGAUCUCCAAUAUGAACGUCACUCGGGUAGAGUUUCAGAAUCGAAUGGACGGUGUAAAGCAAUACAUGGCUUUCCGAAAAGUUGGAGGAGAGCUGGAAGCAAGGGUCAUCCGCUGGUUUGCGUACACGUGGGCACAAAGUGGCGCCCUGGACGAGGAACGGGUCCUGGCGGCACUGCCGGACAAACUGAAGGCCGAAAUUGCCAUCCGGGUGCACAUGGACACCCUGAAGCAAGUGCGCAUUUUUCAGGACUGCGAACCGGGCCUGCUGGAAGCGUUGGUGCUGAAGCUGAAAUUACAGGUUUUCAGUCCCGGUGACUACAUCUGUCGGAAGGGCGACGUGGGGAAGGAGAUGUACAUCGUCAAGCGGGGCAGCCUGUCGGUGGUGGGGGACGAUGGAAUUUUGGUGCUAGCCACGCUCGGGGCCGGAUCGGUAUUUGGGGAAGUUUCGGUGCUCGAAAUCGCCGGUAAUCGAACCGGAAACCGACGGACGGCGAACGUGCGGUCAAUUGGUUAUUCGGAUCUGUUCUGUCUGGCGAAACGUGACCUGUGGGAAACUUUGGCUGACUAUCCGGAAGCGCGGGCGUCGCUAACGGAACGUGGGUGUCAAUUAUUGCGUAAGGAUGGCCUACUGGACGAGGCAGUUUUUGCCAGCGCCCAGCACCAACAGGACACGCUGGAAAGUGGGGUAGCCAAACUGGAGCAAACGGUAGAGAACCUGAACCUCCGGUUGGCACGACUUCUAGCUGAAUACUCGGCCAGUCAGGCGAAGCUAAAACAGCGGAUAUCCAAACUGGAGGAAAGGGCCAUCAGUUCACCGAAACGACGCACCAAUAACCACAGUUCCCCAACCGGUGGUCCAUCAUCGUCGUCGUCGUUGCUGGCAGCAUCCGGGAAUGUAAGCGCUGCCCCACGGACCCAGCAGCGAUCGGCCCAGAAUCGACGCAAAUCGCAUUCGCCAUCGACGACGACGGCAACGACGGCGGCGGCGGCGGCGGCGGCGGCGCCUACGACAGCAACGGCGAGUGAGAUGGCACUUUCAACCAACGGCAAUAGCAACAGCAAGCAGAAUACGUUAUGA